UUUUUUUUUUUUUGCAGUUGUUGUGAAUGGAAUUGUGUUCUUGAUUGGGCUAUCAGCUUGGACAUUGUUGGUAUAUAGAAAUGCUACCUAUUUUUAUAUAUUGAUUUUGUAUCCUGAAGUUUUGCUGAAGUUACUUAUCAGAACCAGGAGUCUUUGGGAAGAUACAGGGUUUUCUAGCUAUGGAAUCAUAUCAUCUGCGAAGAGAGAUAGUUUGACUUCCUCUUUUCCUAUUUGGAUGCCUUUUAUUUCUUUCUCUUUCUUAAUUGCUCUGGCUAGGACUUCCAGUACUAUGUUGAAUGGGAGUUGCAAGAGUGGGCAUCCUUGUCUUAUUCUGGUUCUCCAGGGAAAUGCUUCCAGCGUUUGCCUUUUGGGUAUGAUGUUGGCUCUGGGUUUGUCUAGAUUGCUCUUAUUUUGAGAUAUGUGCCUUCAAUGCUUAGUUUGUUGAGGGCACUUAACGUGAUGAAGGGAUGUUGAAUUGUAUCAAAAGGGGGAAGGAGCACCACCAAAUCCAAGAUGGUGGCCAGCAGGAGGCUGAUGAAGGAGCUUGAAGAAAUCCACAAAUGUGGAAUGAAAAACUUCCGUAAUAUCCAGGUUGAUGAAGCUAACUUAUUGACUUGGCAAGGGCUUAUUGUUCCUGACAACCCUUCAUAUGAUAAGGGGGCCUUCAGAAUCAAAAUCAACUUUCCAGCAGAGUACCCAUUCAAACCACCGAAGAUCACAUUUAAAACAAAGAUCUAUCACCCGAACAUCGAUGAAAAGGGGCAGGUCUGUCUCCCAGUAAUUAGUGCUGAAAACUGGAAGCCAGCAACCAAAACUCACCAAGUAAUCCAGUCCCUCAUAGCACUGGUGAAUGACCCCCAGCCUGAGCACCCACUUCGGGCUGACCUAGCUGAAGAAUACUCUAAGGACCGUAAAAAAUUCUGUAAGAAUGCUGAAGAGUUUACAAAGAAAUAUGGGGAAAAGCGACCUGUGGACUAAAAUCUGCCACGAUUGGUUCCAGCAGGUGUGAGCAGAGACCCCGUGCAAUGCAUUCAGACACCCCGCAAAGUAGGACUCUGGAAAUUGACACCUGCGACUGCCUGGCGUUCGCUUGUGGCAGUUACUAACUUUCUACAGUUUUCUUAAUCAAAAGUGGUCUAGGUAACCUGUAAAGAAAGGAUUAAAAAUUAAAGAUGUUCUAGUUCUGCAAAAAAAUUAAUAAAUGAAUUGUAUCAAAAGCCUUUUCUGCAUCUGUUGAAACUUGAAAUGAUGAUAGGGUUUUUGUUUUUAGUUCUGUUUAUGUGAUGGAUCACAUUUGUUGCUUUGCAUAUGUUGAACCAACCUUGAUUCCAGGAAUAAAGCCUACUUGAUCAUGGUAGAUUAGCUUUUUGAUGUACUGCUGGAUUUGGUUUGCUAGUAUUUCAUUGAUUUUUGUGUCUGUGUUCAUCAGGGAGAUUGGCCUUAAGUUUUCUUUCUUGAUUGUGUCUUUGCCAGGUUUUGGUAGUUAGGGAGGAGUCCUUCCUUCUUGAUUUUUUGGGAAUACUUUCAUUAGUAGAAUUGGUGAUACCAGGAUUUCUUUAUAUGUCUGGUGGAUUUUGACUGUGAAUCCAUUUGGUCUAGUGCUUUUUUUGGUUGGUAGGCUUUUAAAUUGGGUUUUAAUUUCUUUCUUUUUUUUUUUUUUUAUUUUACAAUUUAUAUAACUUUUACCUCUUUUUUUUUUUUUUUGAGACGGAGUUUCGCUCUUGUUACCCAGGCUGGAGUGCAAUGGCACAAUCUUGGCUCACCGCAACCUCCGCCUCCCGGGUUCAGGCAAUUCUCCUACCUCAGCCUCCUGAGUAGCUGGGAUUACAGGCACGCGCCACCAUGCCCAGCUAAUUUUUUGUGUGUGUGUUUUUAGUAGAGACGGGGGUUUCACCAUAUUGACCAGGAUGGUCUCGAUCUCUUGACCUCAUGAUCCACCUGCCUUGGUCUCCCAAAGUGCUGGGAUUACAGGCGUGAGCCACUGCACCCGGCCGUUUUAAUUUCUUUCUGAUUCAAUUUUGGGAGAUUUUGUGUUUUUAGGAAUUUAUCUAUGUCUUCUAGGUUUUCUAGUUUUUUUGUGUAUAAAGGUUGAACUUGUGUUUUCUGACUUCUGCCACAGCCAUCUCCCUCCAGUAGAAAAGAUGUGAUGUACUCCCAGUCAUUUGAAGGAGCUAGGAAGCAUUACCUUCUUGUUUGUUACUGGAAAGGAAUUGAAUUUUUUUAUUGCUUAUUGAGAGAGCUGUAUUCCAAUAUACUACAGUAACCUACAGACUGUCUUAACCAGGGCAGACCUGCCAGCACUUAAAAUAACCAUUGCUUAAAAGAAUUUGAUGCGAUACAACCAAGUACACAAGCAUACACACAAAAAAUAAAUUUUUUGUGUGUUUGUCUUUUUCCUUUCUACACUUUGUUUCUCAGUUGUCCCUCAGGAAUGCUUGACUCUACCAGUAUUGGCUUGAAAUGAGAUGUCUAUACCUCUGAUAUUUGUCUACACAAAAAUCAAUAACCUGGCUUUCCAUUAAAAUAGUCCUUAAAGAAGCUAGUUUAUGGGGUCUUUGUUACUUGUAUAAAGCAUACAUUUUUGAUGGUUUACUUUUAGAAAAAAAAUAAAUAGUUUGUCUUAAAUUCUAGUAUUUUGGUUUUACUGGUUUUAUGUAAUGAGGGACCCCAUUCCAUAAAUGUAAGGAUUUUUGAAGAAUCGAGGUUCAUUUUUGAAUAUGUAUCUUUUUAAAGCAUUUUAUGAACAGCUGUUAAAUUGAAAAUAUUUAGCUUUAUAAUUAUAUUAAGCCUUGAAAAAUGCCCAGUCCUAAUAUGUAUUUUCCUUUUUCAGUUUUGUUUUUAUUAGUUUAGUAAAUGUAGACACUAACUUUUCCUUCUCUCCUUGCUUCUGCUGUGAGAUUGGGGGUUUUUUGUGGCAGUAGAAGCUCCCUUAUCAUAUCACCUUUUGUGUAGAGGUACCUCUGGGGAGAAAGCAGUACCCUGUGAAUGCUUUGUGGUACAAUUUCAGGUUUAAGAAGCUUGCUUCCAUUUACCUUUUCUUGUGAAUGGCUGCUCUGCUCCAAGAACAUUCCUCCCAUUAUAGCCAUUUUGCCAUUUUUCCUUUUGGGAAAUACUCGGCGUGUACCUUAAUUACGGGGUUUGAUGGUGGAGCUGAGAGGCUCUGCGUAUUGGGAUUGGAACCACAAUUUCUUCUCUUCCUUGUAUCUUCCCAGCAUCUUAGCAGCUCCUGCCAUGCUAUGACACCGCAGAAUAUAUCAUUUCAAAAUGUUACAGCUGCCACUAGGUCAUAGGGGAGCGUGGAGCUGGCUGGGGGAGAGGUGCAGGUCAGUGAUUGGGUUUUUGUUCUCGCAUUGGAUCUUUGAAGAAAAUGUAAAAACAGCACUCUUAUUUUCUAUCCAAAUAUUCAUUUACUGUAUUUUCCAAAAACAUAAAUAAAUGAAUCAGUGAAUGAAAUUGUGGUUUAAGAAUUUGUGAUUGGCCGGGCACGGUGCCUCAUGCCUAUAAUCACAGCACUUUGAGAGGCCAAGGCAAGCAGAUCAUGAGGUCAAAAGAUCAAGACCGUCGUGGCCAACAUGGUGAAACGCCAUCUCUAUUAAAAAUGCAAAAAUUAACUGGGCUUAGUAGUGCGUGCCGUAAUCACAGCUACUCAGGAGGCUGAGGCAGGAGAAUCACUUGAUUGAACACGGGAAUCAAGGUAGUGCCACUACACUCCAGCCUGGCCACAGAGCAAGCCUCCAUAUCAAAAAAAAAAAAAACUGUGAUUUUCAAGUAUAGGUUGUAUGGCCUUAGUAGCAAGGACGAGGCGGCUUGGCAGGUGUGUUAAAUAUUGGUGGGGUGUGGGUCAGCUUCCCGUUUUGACUUGGCUCUCCCAGCCUUCAUACUAUGAAGCAUACCUUUGACUUAAAUACCUUUUGGCAGGUCACCUUUAAAACAGGGGUCUUCAUAAACGGCUUCAUGCGCAAUAACCCUUUAUGACUCCUAAUUGGGGGUAGCCAAGCAGUGGGUGAUUUCGAUAUACCAUAUGUCCUGUGGCACAACAGGGCAAGAUAAUGGGGAUUUCUAGGAGUCCUCUACUGGAAAUCUUAAUCAAGUCAAGCCCUUGCCCAUGGCAUUAUUUUUAGCAUAUUUUUUUCAUAUGUAAGUGUUUCUUAGCAAGAAGAACAAUGUUUACAUUUUGAUUAUUGUUUCUUACGUGUGUUGCUGGAAGAAACACUCAUCAUUUUGUUUGAUUUAAAAAUGAAAUUCUUAUAGAAAGAUCUUUGCAGUGCCAGCCCCUGCCAUUCUAGCCCUCUUAUCCCAGAGCUCGUCUGCAGUGUGUCAGGUCCGGCUUACUCUUCUAACCAAAAAAGGCAAAGAAUGUGUAAGCCCUGCUCCCUUUAGUGAAUUGUCUGGGUGCUCCAUGAUGGGUGGAGUUCAUGGUGUCAGCUGGAUCCACAGGAAGCAGGAGAAUGUUAUAGACACAUUUUCUCCUGCAAUUUUAGACAGUCUGUGAGGCAAGAUUGCAAACUUUGCCAAGAGCAUAAAUCCUAGGCUUUAUCUCAGAACUACACAUUGGGCCUUACCCUUUACAUUGUAAACACUUCUUGGCAGUCAAAUAAACCGAGGCAGUUUCUGGAAAGUGCUUGCCACCUCCUCCACACCCACUCCUUGAGGAUCCUGAGACAGGUUUGCUGAAGCAAGUCAGAUAUGACUGUCCCUAUUCAGGGUUCCCCACGGCUCUUCUGGUCUGGGCAGGGUUGCCGCAAUAGGUACUUGCAGCUAAAUGGAAGCCCCACCUCAGCCCCCCACCUCUCAGUAUAAAUUAUGCAUGCAGUGGAGAGGACUAUCAACCGGACUGCCUGGGCUUGCCUUGUCUUCCCUUGCUUAAGAUUGGUCGUGGAGGAAAGGCACCCUCUGAACAUGAGAGCCUGGUGCACUGUGGUUGAGAAGAGUGCACUGGUGCGGAGAAGAGACUGAUGGGCAAGAACACUGCAGCAGGGUCAUCCUGCAGCUGUAAAUGGCAUAGGACAGGAGCUCUCGAAUUCCAUUUCUAGGCGGGGGAGCGUGGGUUUUGGAUGAAAUGCUUAGUCCUGUGUUACAUACAACAAUGAAGUGUCUGAAACAAGGAGCAUGUGACCACCUGGGCACAUCAUUUUUCUACCUGAGUGGCACUUGGUAUACUAAAGAGAUUGUGGGAUGCAGCACACUUAAACAAGGUGGAAGAAUCUGAGUGGGUCUCAUCACGUUGAAGUUGGUUUUUGUGGGAUUUCUUCUGAGAGCGGGAGUGGCUGAGAAGCCCUGUGGCAGCAGAGCUCGUGAACUGCUCUUGUGUGAGAAGGCAGGCUGGUAAGUUGAGACAUGAGAUUCUUGGAUCUUCCUAAGAUCUUUCUCCUUCAUCUAUCCAGACCUCAAGAGAAUAACCUGGAAAGGCAGCUAGUGAGGGUCUGCAAGAUGCAACUGAGAGAACUUAAGAACCAGAAAAUUGGGAGGCAGGUAAAGGCCAGAGUUGUAUUUGGGGGAAUUUUGUUUGGAGUCACUCUUUUUUUGGAGACAGGGUCUCACUCUCACCCAGGCUGGAUUGCACUGGUGUGAUCUCAGCUCACUGAAGCCUCCACCUCCUGGGGUUAAGCAAUCCUCCCAGCUCAGCCUCCCGAGUAGCUGGAACUAUAGGUGCGAGCCACCACGCUUGGCUAAUUUUGCAUUUUUUGUAGAGAUGGGGUUUUGCCAUGUUUCCCAUACAGGUCUUGAAGUACUGGGCUCAAAUGCCUGCCUCAGCCUCCAAAAGUGUUGGGAUUACAGGCAUGAACCACCGUGUCUAGCCUGGAGUCACCAUUAAUUUUUCUUGUCGGUCCAUGGCAAGGUUUACAGAUGACUGUUUGGAAAGCCUGAAUCUGUUUUUAAAAGCGGGGAUGAGGAGUAGGAAAUCACAGUAGUUACUACUUGAGUCUAUUUAGGGAACUAUAAAAAUUACUGUAGCCUAAAUUUGACCUAAUCAGAUCUUGCCAUUAAUUCUAGCCUGCUUGCCUCUCUUCAGAAAAGUAAUCUGGGUCAUUUGACUGCCCCAGCUAAGCAGAUACAUGUUUUAACAGUUUUAAAGGUGGUUGCUACCUGUAUUUGGCUAUUCAGAGUACAUAUCCAGGCAUCCUUACUGAUAUAUUUAAACCUCUUAGCCUACAGGUCUUUUUUUUUUUUUUUUAACUGGUCUCAGUGUUUCAUGUUUUUUAUUUUUUGUGGAGACAGGGUCUCACUGUAUUUCCCAGGCUGGUCUCGAAUUCCUGGCCUCAAGCAGUCCAUCUGCCUCAGCUCCUGAAAGCACUGGGAUUAAAGGCAUGAGCCACCAUGCCCAGGCCAGCCUUAAUGUUUAUUGAUCCUUUUCAGUGACAGUCUCAUUCUCACUCUUUAUUUCUCUAGUGAUGCCUUCCGCCUACACCUGCUCUCACAAUAGGCAUCCCUGUGAGAAGAGUCACUCAGUGGCAGGAAGAGCUUUGGGCAGGAUCCGUCCACUUUCAUAGUGGCCUGAAGGCCUGAAGACAAAGCUUUCAAGUGGAACACAUUUCUUUUUAGUUAAAUGAGUUUCUUUGAUAAUGUCCAGAAUAUAAUAUCAGCCUAAGCAUAAUGGAAUCCCCCAUCCCCCACCCCAACCCCCGUUCCAAACAGACAUAGCUGUUUUUGUUUUUUGACACAAUCUUGCUCUGUCACCUAGGCUGGAGUGCAAUGGCAUGAUCUCAGCUCAUUGCAGCCUCUGCCUCCUGGGUUUAAGCAGUUCUCUCUCUCUUAGCCUCCUGAGUAGCUGAGAUUACAGGCCUGCACCACCAUGCCCAGCUAAUUCUUGUAUUUUUUUAAGUAGACACAGAGUUUUGCCAUGUUGGCCAGGCUGGUCUUGAACUCCUGACCCUUGGGGAUCCACCUGCCUCAGCCUCCCAGAGUGCUGAGAUUAACAGAGGUGAGCCACCACAUAUGGCUACAACUGGGAUUUUUAAGAAAUAGCCUAGCAGAGAGUUGAACUUAAGGUGGUGUCUAAUUAGAUCAAAGUGCAUUCCAUUUUAACCUCAGUGAAUGGAAUGGAACUUAACUUGCCAGGAUGGUCUGAUGAUAACCCAAGAGUAAGGAUCCUUGGAUUCUGAUCCCAGCUCAGCUGCUAGAGAUUCGGUGGUUUUCGAACGUUCUUGAGGGGCUCCCUAGUUGCCAAGAGUGGAUGGCUCCGAGUGGAGGUGGCUUUGUCAGCUUGGAUCAGGGCAUUCAAGCAGGGGGCAGGAAUCCCUGUUCUGUAGUUGUUUUGCUAUUUUACCCUUUUUGUACCUACCAUUCAGGAGAAGUUUAUUAGAUGAAUCCAUGUUCAGACAUAGAGAAUUAGUCAUCUUCAUCCAUUAUAUUAAUUUCCCUUGAAGUAUAUACAGCCAAGAAGAAAAGUACAGUGGGAGAAAGGGGAAUCCAAUCCUCAGAUUUGAAAAUAGUUUUCAGUUUCAGGAACGUGAAAGGUGACCAGUAACCAGAGUCUGAGUCUCAGGAAGGUUAGUUCAUGUGGUGUGCUCACCUGAUGUGAUGCUUUAGAUACUGUUCUUUCACUCGGCACAUGUGCCAGGUGCCUUCUAUUUGCUGGACACUGCGGAGGCUGGUGGAUGGUGGGGGAAGCAGAUGGGUCUGGUCCUGGCCUCCAGGAGCUUACCAGUUAAAUGUGGGAGUCACUGCUAAUAAUUUACAUAAGUCGUUGUUUCAUUUUAGUUGUGCUAAGUUUACAAAGGAAAGAAAUGGACUGCUAGGAGAGCUCACUCUCCACCCUUCUUUGUUCCUUUGUGGGCUGCCUGAGGAGCUCUCACUGCAGGUGGGAGACCAACUGCCUGCAGCAAUGGGGAGAGGAUAUGCCUGGUUCCCUCCUCUCCUUGCUUGGGCUUUUGUCUUUACAACUUGAACUAAGUAUUCUUCAUUUGGCCUUUUUCCUGCCUCAUUAUUCUUCCCAUUUGUUAGCUUCCACCUGCUGCCUCUUCAGGUGCGCACCAGGGAUCUGGUAUCAAGGAAUUCGGAAUUUGAAAAGAAAUCUUUGAGUCCAGUUCCCUCACUUUCAGAUAAGGAAGAGGGGACACAUCCACGGUCACACAGCAGGUUAGAGGUGGAACCAGGACAAAGCGCAGGUCUCCGCGUCUCAGCCCAGUGCUUCUUGUUACAUUCCUGCACAAAGGGCUUUCUUCAUCAAGGGCCCAGCCUCAGGGACUUGCUUAUCCUUGCAGAGACUCCGAGAGGACAAAAAAUAAGCCCUAAGGGGGCCAGCAGCCCCACACUUCAUAUGGCCUAGGGUUGUUUUCUGUGUGUCUUUGCAGAUUUAUCAAGAGUACCUUUUUCUGGAGCUGAAGAAAGAAAAAAAAUAUGCCCCAUUUCUAUUAUUAGGGGAUUUGUAUUCUAGAGGAACAUAGGAGGCUCACAUGUGUGGAGAGAGCACAGAGCAGUCUGCUGGGGGCUCAGGCACACACCCUGUGUGAGGGAGAGCUCUGGAGCAGUCAUCUGGAUGCAGAGCAACGAUUUUCCUAGAGAGGAGGAGCCCAGAUAGGCAGAGGAGUGGAUGCCAAGCUUUAUAUAGGGCUAGGAGAAGAGAGAGACCCCUCCAGGCUUGGAAGGAAUCCUGAAAAAAUGGUCCACACAGACACAGAGGACUGGGAGGUUGUGAGAAACACAUCUGCACAGGGGCUGGUUUUACAAGACCUGCUCUGAAGGACCAGCUCGUGGAGCUAGUGGGGUGCUGUGCUUCACUUUCUCAAAGGAGUGGCUUCAUGAAAGCUGGGCUUUCAGAAGAGAAGUCUGGUGGCGUUUUAGGAGCCCCAGGUGUCAGGAGACUAUUGGAAGGCCUCACCAAGGACUUACUGUAAUUACUCAGUCAUGGGAUUGUGAUAUAGCCGGCCUAGAGUUAGAACCUGUACAAUGCCAUUUUUAUAAAGAACUAAACUAUUUCCAUUCUCCUCACAAUGACUGCUAACUUUGGCUUUUGUAAAUUGCUAGAUCAUUUGCAGGAUGCAAAUUGAGGUAAAGCUGCAUACCUUCUCUUAUCUGUAAAUGCCAGAAUUACUGGCCUUUGUUUACCAGAGUAAGCACCCCCAGAUAAUUCUAUCCUGGUGCCAAGUAAUUAAAAAUCUAUGGAUCCCCACCCCUACCCAAACGAUGUGUAAACGAAUGUUAAUCUCAGCAUCUGUGAACCCCUUAAAUAAUAAUCAGAAUGUCAAAUAGUCCCCUGGCCCUUUAAAUGUCCGGAACCCCCUCACCCUCCUCUCCGCCCAGAAGGUGAUUUGAAUCCACUGGCCCUCGGAAUGUCCGAAGCCCUUCAUCCUCGUCUUAGCCUGGGAGGUGAUUGACAGCUUUCAUUCCCAUCUCCACCCCCACUCCCAAGGUGGUUUUUGCGGGUAUAAAAAGGUCUUGUCUCUCUUCUUUCGGAGCCACGGGUUGGAGAGACGUGAGUCCUCCAUGGUCGCCGGCAAUAAACCCUGCAAUUUGGCAUACUUUUGUUCUGGUGUUGACUUUCUGUGCUCAGUUCAAUAUAACAGGAUGAGCAGGUCCCGGUCGCAGGGAGUAGCAGUGGGGUAUUUUGAGCUUCUAUAGUGCUUAUUUGCAAAACAUGGUAAAUCUAGGUUGAUCUCCAAGCUUUAACAUAGAACGCAUCACUUUACUGUGUUUUUUCUAGCCCUGUCUAGGUGGAGUCUGGAAAGAAAUUGUGAAGCUCAGGUGUCUGUAUUUUAUUUUUAAGGCAUAAACUUACAAAUUUUGAAACUUUUGAGAACCAACAAAAAGAGAAGGCAAAUACCAAAUGUCACUUCUUUUUACUCCAAAUCUCAAGUACUAAGUUGAAUGCCAUUUAAUUCAUUGUUGCCGGUAUUGUACUCUGCGUUCCUUUUUUGAUAUAAAGUUUUGCCUUUUGAGAGUUUGAAACUCUAGCUUUGCAAUAUAGCUGAAAAGGGUGGGCAGGCUGGUGGGGACAAGGAAGAACACGAGAAUGAAAGCAGCUGCCCCAGCUACAGCAGCAUGUUACACCCUCAGCAUGCGCAGACUUAACGCUGUUGUCUUCUCUUUGUCU